AUGUUCCAUGCCAGCCGUUACCUGCCUAUUCGUCCGAAACCAAAGACUGACAAUCAUCGUCGAAAACAGAGCUACAAUGUCGACUCCCCGAAUGAGAUGGUGGUGGACACGGACGACUAUGUCGGUGUUGCCAACGCUCCCGAGAAGGACUCGGUUGCCAUCAUCAACCCAGACGGCCUAGAACAGGGCGAUUCAGAUCAACAACUCCAAGACCUUCCUCUAGCCAGCGACUAUGACGCUAUGAAGGAACUCGUCCUGACUCCCUUAUUGGACGAACCCAAGAUCCUCGAGGAUGCCCACAACACAUGGUCUGUCGAAAAUUGGAGGAACAUGGGCAAGAGGGAGCAUGGUCCCAUCUUCCAAGCUGGUGGCUACCCAUGGCGAAUUCUCCUCUUCCCUCAUGGAAACAACACCGAUCAGUGCUCCAUCUACCUAGAGCAUGGAUUCGAGGCGGAUGCUGUGCCUGAAAACUGGAGCUGCUGUGUUCAGUUUGCUCUGGUACUGUGGAAUCCCAACGAUCCUAGCCUAUACGUUCAUCAUGCUGCGCACCACAGGUUCACCAAAGAAGAAGGUGACUGGGGAUUUACCAGAUUUGUCGAGCACCGACGCAUGUUCAACGUACCUUGGGAGCAUGGUAACAGGCCCUUGUGCGAGAACGACACAGCCAACAUCACAGCAUACGUCCGUGUCGUGGAAGACGAAACUGGCGUCCUGUGGCACAACUUCAUCAACUACGACUCCAAAAAGGAAACCGGCUAUGUUGGUCUAAAAAACCAGGGUGCCACCUGCUAUUUGAACAGCCUGUUGCAGUCGCUCUAUUUCACCAAUGCGUUCCGAAAAGCGGUUUAUGAGAUUCCCACCGAAAAUGACGAGAGUAUGCAAAACUCUGCUUACACACUACAAAGACUAUUCUACCAACUGCAAACCUCUGAUCAGGCAGUUGGUACAAAUGAGUUGACAAAAUCGUUUGGAUGGGAAACUCGCCACAUCUUUGAGCAGCAAGAUGUCCAAGAGCUGUCGCGAAAGUUGAUGGAGCGAAUGGAGGAGAAGAUGAAAGGCACCAAGGCCGAAAACGUCCUCCCCGAAAUGUUCAGUGGCAAGAUUAAGACCUACAUUUCGUGCAUUAAUGUGGACUACGAAUCAAGCCGUAUUGAAGAUUUCUGGGACAUUCAGCUCAAUGUCAGUGGAAACAAGAACAUGCUGGAAAGUUUCCAGGAUUACAUCCAGGUCGAGAAGAUGGACGGAGAAAACCAGUACUUUGCGGGAGACGAACACAAGCUGCAAGACGCCAACAAGGGCGUCAUUUUUACCAGUUUCCCCGACGUUCUGCACCUGCAGCUGAAACGAUUCGAGUACGACAUCCAGAGAGACAUGAUGAUGAAGAUCAAUGACCGCUACGAAUUCCCAGACGUCUUUGAUGCCGCCCCUUACCUGAUAGAGGAUGCAGACAAAUCUGAGCCUUGGACGUACCAACUGCACGGAGUUCUCGUUCAUAGCGGCGAUUUGAACGCUGGACACUACUAUGCCUUUAUUAAGCCUGAAAAGGAUGGAUGGUUCUACAAGUACGAUGAUGACAAGGUCACGAGGGCCACGUCGAGAGAGGUCUUGGAAGAGAAUUUUGGCGGAGAGUACAGGACCCCCAACGGGUAUCCUCGUGCUCCCCUGCAAAAGAAGGCACCCAUCAUUCGCCAAAACAGCGCAUACAUGUUGGUCUAUAUCCGUCAGUCAAAGCUGGACAAGAUUCUGUGCGAUGUACGAAAGAAUGACAUCCCUCAGCAUCUGCAACAACGGUUUGAAGAAGAAAACGCGCUCAAGGAGGCCCGUAGACGUGAACAGCGGGAGGCCCAUCUCUACAUGACUGCCAAGGUCAUCACAAACGAAACUUUCCGUCACUAUGGUGCCACCGAUCUGUGUACGUUUGACUCGAACCAAGAAGUAGAUGAAGCGUCCCCUCGAUCCUAUCGCAUCCGCCGCGCAAUGUCUAUGGAAGAGUUCACCAAACAGGUUGCCGAGGACAUGGGCCAAGACCCUCGCAAGGUGCGGCUAUGGUUGAUGGUGAACCGCCAAAACAAGACGAUCCGACCUGAUCAGCCCAUCAUGGACCUUCGCCCAACAGUUGAAGAAGUGUACGCGCGAUCCGCCGCUCACCGGGACACCAGCCUGCGGGUCUGGGCCGAAGUCGCUGAUGAGGUGAACGCCGAUGGCGAACCCAUAUGGCCAUCGUACCAGAGUCAGCCCAAUGGCGUGGUCGUGAAAAAUGAUACGAUUCUCUUGUUCUUGAAGCACUUUGACCCUGAUGCUCAAACUCUGCACGGCGUCGGCCAUGCGUAUAUUGGCAAGGAGAAGAAGGUCGAGGACUUGGUGCCUCAGAUCCUGCAGAAGAUGGGAUGGGGCGAGAAGCUGCCAACUGACGAAAAGUUGCUACUCUGGGAAGAAAUAAAACCAACCAUGAUUGAAGCUUUGAAAGCUAAGCAGACCCUCAAGGUUGCUGAACUGCAGGACGGUGACAUUAUCUGCUUCCAGCGCUCUUCUGCACGACAAGCAGAACAGGCACAGACACAAGACAAGCCCCUGCAAGAACCUAUCCGUACGUCCGAUCGGUUUGAGGACGCCAGGGAAUAUUACGAUUUUCUGGAGAACAAGAGGAUUGUCAGAUUCCAUCCCCAUCCUACCAGAUGUGACCAGAGUCAAUACCCCCCAUUUGAUCUCGUCCUUAACUCCAAGAUCAAUUAUGACACACUCUCAGAGCGUGUAGGUAACUAUUUGAGCGUGCCUCCCACGCAUAUCCGUCUUUGGACCGUCAACGCUACGACCAACAACCCGAAAGCGCCAGUCCGUCGUGGAACGAAUCCCAGUUUAAGGCAGAUACUUAACCCCAUGGGGAACAGUCUCAACUCCAGCCAACGAGGAGAUGCGUUUUACUUUGAGGUAUUGGAGAUGAGCUUGGCAGAGCUGGAUACCAAGAAGAGCAUCAAGCUUACUUGGCUGAGUGAAGGCAUUACCAAGGAGGACCAAUUCGAUCUGCUUGUUCCCAAGACCGGCACCAUUGAUGAUGUCAUUCAGGCUUUAGUUGCGAAGGCGCAGAUUCCGGAUGAGCAGGAAGGUGGCAAGAUCAGGGUUUAUGAGACGAGCUCGAAUAGAUUCUACCGUGAACCGCCUCGAGAUCAUCCGGUUAUGAACCUCAACGAUUACGCACAAAUCUACGCCGAGCGAAUGUCAGAUGAAGAGGCCGCAGCUCCCGAUGAGAGUUUUAUCCAAGUCUUCCACUUCCAAAACGAAGUCAACAGGCUCCACGGGGUUCCUUUUAAAUUCCUCCUGGUAGAGGGCGAAAAGUUUGCAGACACCAAGAAGCGGCUUGAGAAGCGCACUGGCUUCAAGGGCAAGAGCUUCGAAAAGAUUAAGUUUGCGGUCGCCCGCCGAGCAAACUACUCAAAACCGCAAUAUCUAAACGAUGAUGAUGAAUUAUGGACCAUGGCGGCAACCGAAGACGACUACCUUGGCUUGGAUCAUGUGGAUAGAACCAGAUCGGUGCGAAACGGCGCUGGAGAUCUCUUCCUUCGAUAA